CGAGGGGGCGGGGACAGGAGCGAGCCUGGCCAGGGUGACCCGGGGGCUAGGUGCCGGGCAAGCGGUGGAGGAGUUUGGAGCGACCAUGCUGAGCGCCACGUGCCGCAGGCUCGCCCCGGCGCUGCGGGGUCCGCGCGCACCGUCCGCCGUCGCCAGGAGGUAUCUGCUGGCGCCUGGGGUCAGGUCCUUCGCUGACCAGAGCGAGAGGGCGGAGGAGCCCCGCACCUUCCACCCGGCGCUGCUGAAGUUCCUGGUGUGUCCGCUCUCCAAGAAGCCGCUUAGAUACGAAGCAUCGACGAAUGAACUGAUUAAUGACGAGUUGGGAAUAGCCUAUCCAAUCAUUGAUGGGAUCCCGAAUAUGAUACCGCAGGCAGCAAGGACAACACAUCAAAAUAAGAAGCAAGAAGAAGUUGAGCAGCAUUAGACCAUGAUUGUUAAAAGCAUAACUGCUGAGUUCUCUAAUACUGUAGACCUUUAAGACAGGGAAGGGCAGUUGGGGAAGAACAGUGAUUCACGUCUGUCUGCUAGACUGUUCUUCCACUGCUCUCAUUAGCAGAACUGUUCUGAGAUGCUUUCUGGAGGAGAAUUUCCCACAGGGCUGCACCCGCACAGCCAGGCUUUGCUUUUACAGUCUGCUCUUGCCAACUACCGUGCCAGUGUGUGUGAUCUUCCACCUUUGGACCUAGUUGGGUCUAAAACUCUGUAAGCAUAGUUAGUGUAGCCAGAGUCAGAAUGACGUAUACAUUAGUAAGAGGUCUGAGGCAGUAUCUGAAAACUACACACAAACCCCUUUGGUUUACAAAAAGAUUUACUUGUCUUGUUUCAGACUUAGGACUAUGACGCAGGCUGUGGAAGCUUUUUUGUACGUGUUCUGUCCUCAUUUUUUGAAGAUUCUCACUUGUAACUGCUGUAUCCGAAGAAGCAUAUGAGUGAAAUAUCUCAGUGCAGAUUAACAGCUUCAGUCAUCCGCUGAGGCCUGUUUCUCAUCCCAUUCAUUUAAAAGUUAGUAAUUUGAAAUGUUUGUUUGGUUUCAAGGUCAAUGGUAAGCUUAAGUACUUAGAAAAUUCUGAGUGUAUAAAAUUACCUUCAUCGCUUUGGCAUCACAUGCUUACAUCAAUAAUAAAAUAAGAUGUUGAUAGUUUACUACAAAACUCAGUUUGCUGAAGUGGGAGGGUGUCUGUUUGAAUGAAUGUUUUUGUCUCAAGAGUCUGGUAGUAAGAGAAAAUGUGAAAAUACUUUAUGUAACUACAUUUUUAUUUCGGAGGCACUUAAUAUUCAAAAGAGAAUAAUUUCUCAGAAGUGAGGUACCUUUAGUUGGUAAGGUCAGGAAUGGGAAGCCGAUUAUGUCCAUUUAAGUUUAGAGGCAUGUUUCAAGGUACACUCAGUUAUUUUUGCCCUGGGAAAUUUGAUAAGUCCUAAAGGAUUAAGCCUAUGUUUUCUAGAACUGGAACAGAACUGGUCAAGGAGGAUGCAGUAUCUACUUUGGAAGCAUAGCAUGAAUGUUUCAAUCCUUACCUUAAAGAAACUUAAGAAUUUGUUAUAAAUUUAAUUGGUUACACACACCCCAGUCCGCGGCCUUGUGCAUGCAAGGCAAGUGUGCAGCCACAGAAAUAGUCUACCCCUAAUUUACUAAUCUAUAUUUAUGUGGGAUAGGGGCAUAGCAUGGGAGAAAUCACAGGACAGCUUUGUGGAGUUGAUUCUUUCCUUGCACCAUGUGGAUACUAGGGCUUCAACUCAAGUGUCCAGUCUUGGAGGUGAGACCUUUAUCAUCUGAAUCAUUUCACUGGCCCCCUAAUUGAUUCGUAAUAAGCCAGCAUCCUAAAGUAGUUU